CCCCUCCCUCCUCCCCUCCGGUCCUGUCUCCAGCGGGAGCGCGAGACGCUGGUCAGGCUCCGCGGCGCAGCUCGGAAAGGAAUCGUCGCCCCGACUGGCUUGAAUUCCUCCGAAGCCGGCCCGGCGCGGCUCGGGCCCGGCCCCGCGGUCUCCGUCCUUCGGUCGAAAGAGCAAAACAAAGCCCGCCGGCCGCCGGCCGGGACCCCGCUCGCCGACCGCCUGCUGUUUUUCUCCGCCUGCGGGAUUUGCAAACCGAGUUACAUGCAUGUCCAGUGGGGGCAGGUUUAAUUUUGACGAUGGCGGGUCCUACUGCGGAGGCUGGGAGGACGGCAAGGCCCACGGCCACGGCGUGUGCACGGGCCCCAAGGGCCAAGGCGAAUACACCGGCUCGUGGAGCCACGGCUUCGAGGUGCUGGGCGUGUACACCUGGCCCAGCGGCAACACGUACCAGGGCACCUGGGCGCAGGGCAAGCGCCACGGCCUCGGCCUGGAGAGCAAGGGGAAGUGGGUGUACAGGGGCGAGUGGACGCACGGAUUUAAGGGGCGCUACGGCGUGCGGGAGUGCGCCGGCACCGGCGCCAAGUACGAGGGGACCUGGAGCAACGGGCUGCAGGACGGCUACGGGACGGAGACCUACUCGGACGGAGGUGGACGCUGCCCGCCGAGGCGAGCCCAGCCACGCCCACGGCUGCGGGUGACCCCGACGUGGGGCAGUGGCAUGCCCCAGCCGCUGGGCGGGGCGGGGGCCGAGGGCUGGGGGAGCGGGACCGCGCACCACCACGUGGUCAUGGUCCACGCGCCGCGAACAUGCGCUCGGGACCACGGCCAGAGCCGGCAGCCGGACGUGGUGAUGGUGAUGGUGAAGUGGCCGCCACGGCCACGCUGGGCGGGUGCGGACGCCAGCGAGUGUGCUGGGGACCUUAGCGCAGAAGGAGCCCCGGCCCCACUGGCCUUCUCAGGCCCCUCACACGCCUGGGCAGGAGGCCAGGAGAAGCCCGGUGGCCGGCUGGCGCUCCUGCGGGCCCGGCCUGUGCCGGGCAUCUGCGAGGGCCACUCCUGCCCCGUCCGCGGCAGAGUCGGCGGCUUCGUGCUCGUGGCCCACAGCGACGGCGAGGCCCUCAAGGGCAAGAAGAAGGGGCUGUUCCGGCGCUCGCUGCUCAGCGGGCUCAAGCUGCGCAAGUCCGAGUCCAAGAGCAGCCUGGCCAGCCAGCGCAGCAAGCAGAGCUCCUUCCGCAGCGAGGCGGGCAUGAGCACGCUCAGCGCCGCGGCCAGCGACGCGCACUCCACCGCCAGCCUGGGCGAGGCGGAGGCCGAGCUGUCGGUCGUGGAGGACGACGUGGACGCCACCACCACCGAGACCUACGCGGGCGAGUGGAAGAGCGACAAGCGGGCGGGCGUGGGCGUGAGCCAGCGCUCCGACGGGCUCCGCUACGAGGGCGAGUGGGCGGGCAACCGGCGGCACGGCUACGGCUGCCUGAGCUUCCCCGACGGCUCCAGGGAGGAGGGCAAGUACAAGCAGAACGCGCUGGUGAGCGGCAAGCGCAAGAACCUCCUGCCGCUGCGCGCCAGCAAGAUCCGGGUGGUGCCUCCUGGGCAGGGGAGCAGCCAGCAGCAGGCCAGCGGGGGGCUUCAGGCGGGGGCCAGGCGCUCGGCGCUCGGCCUGCUGGCCACGGCGGCGCAGAGGGACCCCAGAUGCCGCAGGCCCCGCCCUCACCGCCGCUGUCUCCACAGGACCUCCCACUCCCGGGCCAAGGCCGAGGCCGCCCUCACCGCGGCCCAGAAGGCCCAGGAGGAAGCGCGGGUCGCCAGGAUCACUGCCAAAGAGUUCUCCCCUUCCUUCCAGCACAGGGAAAACGGGCUCGAGUACCAGCGGCCGAAGCACCAGCUCUCCAGCGACGACAUGGAGGUGCUCUCCACCGGGACGCCCCUGCCGCAGGAGAGCCCCGAGCUGUACCGCAAAGGUACCACGCCCUCAGACCUGACCCCCGACGACAGCCCCCUGCAGAGCUUCCCCGCCAGCCCCUCGGCCAGCCCGCCGCCGGCCCCCGCCCCGAGGAGCAGGGCGGCCCGCUUCUCCCGCCAGGCC